CGCCAUCAUGGCCGCCACCGCGGCUCCUUCCUCGGCCUCGGCCAGCGGGGCCGCCCCGGCGGGGGGCUCCAACGCGGCAGGUUCCGGCGGGGCGUCGGGCCUGACGGCCUCGCUGACGGGCACCAUGAACAGGAAGAAGAAGCCCUUCCUGGGCAUGCCGGCCCCGCUGGGCUACGUGCCGGGCCUGGGCCGAGGUGCUACGGGUUUUACCACUCGCUCGGAUAUUGGUCCCGCUCGAGACGCAAAUGACCCCGUGGACGAUCGCCAUGCGCCACCAGGGAAGAGAACCGUCGGGGAUCAGAUGAAGAAAAACCAGGCAGCCGACGAUGACGAUGAGGAUCUGAACGACACCAAUUAUGAUGAGUUCAACGGCUAUGCCGGGAGCCUGUUCUCCAGUGGGCCUUACGAAAAAGAUGACGAGGAGGCGGAUGCAAUUUACGCUGCUCUGGAUAAGAGGAUGGAUGAAAGAAGAAAAGAGAGACGAGAACAGCGUGAGAAGGAAGAGAUUGAAAAAUACCGAAUGGAACGGCCCAAAAUCCAGCAGCAGUUCUCAGAUCUGAAAAGGAAGCUCGCCGAAGUCACCGAGGAGGAAUGGCUGAGCAUCCCCGAAGUUGGCGACGCGAGGAACAAACGGCAGAGGAACCCGCGUUACGAGAAGCUGACGCCCGUUCCCGACAGCUUCUUCGCCAAGCACUUGCAGUCCGGGGAGAACCACACAUCUGUCGAUCCCAGACAGACGCAAUUUGGAGGUCUGAACACGCCCUACCCUGGGGGCUUAAACACUCCUUAUCCCGGUGGGAUGACCCCUGGGCUGAUGACGCCUGGUACAGGUGAGCUGGACAUGAGGAAGAUCGGCCAAGCGAGGAACACCCUGAUGGACAUGAGACUCAGCCAGGUGUCUGAUUCCGUGAGCGGCCAAACCGUGGUGGAUCCCAAGGGCUACCUGACCGACUUGAAUUCCAUGAUUCCCACGCACGGUGGAGAUAUCAA